UGGGAAGUGAUAUAACAACUUUCACCCCUGGAAUGGUUAUUUUGGGUUCAGAAUGCCAGGAGGGCAUUACCAUCAUAAUCUGAGGGAGAGAAAACUUUGGUCCCAGUGGAGUAUCCUGAGGUCAGUAAGGUAAGAGGUUGAACUCCACUAACAGUGAUGAAGAGACAGAGAUCCUGGGUGCACAGAGAGUCUCUGGGAAGCAACACCGACAACAGUGAACAGGAUGAGUCCUCGUCUCAGAGGUCGUCUUGGUCCCUGGUGGACACCAUGAACUACGUGGGCCAGCUGGCAGGUCAGGUGCUGGUAACGGUCAAAGAACUGUAUAAGGGCAUUAAUCAGGCCACGUUAUCAGGCUGCAUCGAUGUUGUGGUUGUCCGUCAGAGAGAUGGCACCUACCACUGCUCACCAUUUCAUGUGCGCUUUGGCAAACUGGGUGUUCUACGCUCUAAAGAGAAAGUGAUUGACAUCGAAGUGAACGGAGAGCCUGUAGACCUGCACAUGAAGCUUGGCGACAAUGGAGAGGCCUUUUUUGUCCAGGAAGCUGAGCAGCAGAAUCAGAUUGUUCCUGCCCAUCUGGCCACCUCUCCAAUCCCCACUGAGAAUCACCUGUUUUGGAUCUCGGAGGUGGAGGACAGGGUACCAAAAGAUGUGGAGGAUGACCCCGCUGACCCAGAGGAUGCGCCUGAGCCUCCUGCUCCCAGCACUGUGGCUUUGAAAAAGAAGAAGAAGCGGCGGAAGAAGCACAAGGGAGACCCCCGAAGAGAGGACAUGACCCUGCCCAUGUCAGUCAAUACUGCUGCAACAAAUGGUAUUGUUGCUAAUGUAUCUGCUGCUACACAUGCUGCUAUGUCAAGCACCGGGCAAAAUGAGGAGAUCUUUGAGAUGGACCUGAGUUCUGAUGAAGAGGCUGCAGCACAUAUCUCAAGGUCACCUUCCGCAACCACAAUACGUGACAUUGAUCCAAAAUUACCUGCAGCCAGACACAGCCUUGAUGGUUAUCCAUUGUCUGACGGGGACUUGCCAGCAGAUGACAGUCAUAGCCUGUCUCAGGGCUUUUCCCCAAAGAGUGACUCUGAACUAAUGGUCACGCCCUCAGAGAGUUUACUCAGAGCUGAGUCCCACAUGCAGUGGACCUGGGGAGAGUUUCCAGAAACAACCAGGGUCACUAAAAAAGAGAAACCAGAGCCACUAAAAACAGUGACCAUCACUCCAUCAGAGAGCACCCACUUCCGCGUCAUCCUCAGCUCUGAGGCCAUGAACAACGUUACAGAGAUUGCAGAGGAAGGUGACGCCUCCUCCUCACUAUGUACCGUUGUCAAGCCAGAGCCACGCACUCCUGUCAACACUGUAGCACCUGUAAACCCACAAGCAUCUGUCAGCGCUGUGACCUCCGUGAGUUCUUUAACAUCCAUAGAGCCCCUGGAUGUACUGCCACCCAAUGUGGCAACCUCCACCCCUUCCAACAGCCAACAGAGCGAUUCACCCUCUAAGAAGAAAGGUGUCCCAAAGAGGAGUCAGCAUCAGGGUCCUGAGGAUAUCUACCUAGAUGACCUAAAAGUACUUGAACCUGAUGUUGCUGCACGAUAUUUCCCUAAGAGUGAGUCGGAGGCAGCCACUAAGCACUGGAUGGACACAGAGAUGCACUCUGGUUCACAGUCUCCACAGUCAGUGGGAAGUGCUGCAGCUGACAGCGGGACAGAGUGUCUUUCUGACUCCGCCAGCGACCUCCCUGACGUCACCCUUUCUCUUUGUGGAGGCCUCACAGAAAAUGCUGAAAUAUCCAAAGAAAGGUUCAUGGAGCAUAUCAUCACCUAUCAUGAGUUUGCUGAAAAUCCAGCAAUUAUAGAUAACCCCAACCUGGUAGUAAAGAUAGGAAAUAGAUACUAUAACUGGGCUCUAGCUGCACCCUUGAUUUUAAGUCUACAAGCAUUUCAGAAGAAUUUGCCAAAGGCUACAGAGGAGGCGUGGGUGAAAGAGAAAAUGCCAAAGAAGUCAGGCCGUUGGUGGUUCUGGCGAAAGAGAGCGGAUAGUACAAUCAAGCAGUCAGAAACUAAGCUUGAAACCAAGGAUGAGUCUCAUUUGGAGGAGGAAGGACCCUCUAUUUCUCAGGAGAAAGUGGCCUUACCGCCUAAAGCAGGAGACUCCUCUAGUGAUGAAGAGGCCAAGGAGGUGAGCACUGCAUCCUGUCAAGAGAGACUGCCGCCAGUAGAUGGGCAGCACCACCCGAGCCACACAUACAGGAAGUCACUACGCCUCUCUUCUGAUCAGAUAGCCAGUCUGAAACUAAAGGAGGGACCUAAUGAUGUGACAUUUAGCAUCACUACCCAAUACCAGGGCACAUGCCGCUGUGAGGGCACCAUCUACCUAUGGAACUGGGAUGACAAAGUCAUUAUCUCUGACAUUGAUGGCACCAUCACCAAGUCAGAUGUGUUUGGACAGAUCCUGCCACAGCUGGGGAAGGACUGGACCCACCAGGGCAUUGCCAAGCUCUACCACUCAGUAGCCGAGAAUGGCUACAAGUUUUUGUACUGCUCAGCUCGGGCUAUCGGCAUGGCGGAUAUGACAAGAGGUUACCUGCAGUGGGUCAAUGAUAGAGGCACCAUCCUGCCCCAGGGACCUCUCAUGUUGUCUCCCAGCAGCCUCUUCUCAGCGUUCCACAGGGAAGUCAUUGAGAAGAAACCAGAGAUCUUCAAGAUUGAAUGCCUUACAGACAUCAAGAACCUGUUCCAGCAUAACAAGCAGCCAUUCUACGCCGCCUUUGGGAAUAGAGCUAAUGACGUGUUUGCAUAUAAGGAGGUAGGAGUUCCAGUCUGUAGGAUCUUCACCGUUAACCCCAAGGGAGAGCUGAUCCAGGAACAGACCAAGGGCAACAAGUCCUCUUAUGGCAGACUUAGUGAGCUUGUGGAGCAUGUGUUCCCGUUGUUGUGUAAAGAGCAGAGUGAGGCCUUUCUCAUGCCAGAGUACAGUUCAUUUUGCUACUGGAGACAGCCCAUACCAGACAUCAGCCCCGAGGAGCUGCUCUGAUCCAGCACAUGUGGACACACAGGUAUAGAAACACAUGCAAUUGGACCGUGCACUUGAAUGCAUCUCCAGGAAACGCAUGGACUGGAACCACAUCCCUCCAUAGCACUCAAGAUGCACAAGACGCCAGCGGGUGUGACAGUAACAGGGUUAUAACCAUAAAUGCAAAAGCUGGUAAACUGUUAAUUAUCCAUUAGUGAUGAGUGGAAGUUACCUCCAGUAAAGUAAAUCCUGAUGGGGAAUUGCUGAAAAACCCCAUCCCUGAGAGACAAGAGGCUAAUUACCAGUCAAAUUAUCAUCUUUCCUCCUGCCUGUGGAGGCAUUGGAACCCAGUGAGCACUCUUGUACUCUGUGCAGGGAUAAAGAUCAGAGCCACGCUUCCUUUUCUCUGAAGCGUCUGACAGGAUGCUCUGCUUUUACAGUCAAGGGAGUGACAGAAGCCCUUAGCACUAGAGUUUGAGCUGUGCAGAAGAAGCUUUCUUUAAUCACCUUUUUCUCAUUCUUCUGAACAGCUUGAAGAAGUGAAAAAGGUACCGUUUAAACAGGAAAGGCAAUUAACGCAAGGCACUAGUUAUGUGCCAGUGAUACUUUCCUGUGUUUGCCUUGAUGCAGGUAUACAGCCUUUAUUUAGAGGCUUCAUUUUGUUCCUAAAAAGUUAAGUGAACCGGUGCUGGUGGCACAAUACGCCAGCUACAAACCAUACAGUCUUUAAUUUCCAGGCGCCUACUGGUGAAAGGUGAUGACCUUCAGAGUCAUGUUUGGUAUUGAUGUACAAGGUCACACUUGAUAUAUACUUUCACUUACAAGUAUGUGAAGAUACUUUGGUGUGUGUGACUCCAACAGCAAAAUGCAACCGCUUCAUGAUAUUGUCUCGCUGUUAUUUUAGUGUUGAUUUUGUUAUACAAGUUCUGGCAAGUGGUGUGUUAACAAUGCAGUCACUAUUUAUGAUAAUUGCUGUCUUUAAGUUAUUUUCUGUCAUGAUGCCUCUGUUUGAAAAAGUAAUUUAACACCAAUGCAAUGUGGAAGUACUUCAUAUCGAUGUUUUCUGUGGUUGAUCACAGGUAACACAUGCACUUAACAGUAACUACUAGGACGUGUAUGGAUUUUUUUUUGCCUUGUAUCCAGUUUUACAACGAGAUGUAUUCCUUGUUUUACAGUGAAGCUUUGAACAUGUAAAGCACAUAGACAUUGUUAAGAAAACCUCAAAGAGCGGCUUUAGUAUUAAUAUGUGUGUGUAAAUGUAAAAGAUAACUCUCUGGAACAGUGGAAAUAGGCUGAUCUGAAAGAGCUUAAAUGAAGGAUUUCUGUUUGCAGUGUCCUCUGCAGGGCAACUGUGGGAUGAUGCAAGUGUAUGCAUGCCUACAUACUUAAAUAGUGAGUGCUGCUGCUGCUGUUGAUGAUGUUGGUGAUGGGAUCACACACCCUUUGCUUAUGAGCACACCCCUCACCCAUCUGCACUUCACUGAUGGUCUUCAUAGUCAAACCAGAGUAUGCAAUUGAUGCAAGAUGAAGAGUUCUAGUUUUACCUCUGUUGUGAGUGACUUUCUGGCACCACUGACAAAUCAGCUAUUCUGGAAUAUGUCAAUUAUCAAUAGAAAUAGUUGUUGUGGGGAUUAAUAACAGGUAUGUCCCUUUGGAGUGGUGGAAAACAUGAAGCUGUAUCAGAACCAUCCCUUAACCUGUGUGUGUGUGUGUGUGUGUGUGUGUGUGUGUGUGAGAGAGAGAGAGAGAGAGAGAGAGAGAAAAGACUGAUUAUGUGCCUCUGAACAGAAGAAGAGCCAGUUGCUUUUGUUCAUAGAUAACCAGGAAAUACUUGACUCCAUAGAGGAAGCUUUUUGAAGCGCUUCAAUUGGCAUUAUGUGUGAAUUAGGAAACGAUGCGACACUUAACUGACGUGGAUCAUCCCUCCAGCACAAGUGUGACAGUAAUACCCUAGUAAGGAUUACAAAUCACAUAGGAGCAAGACAUGACAGAGAAAUGCAUUUAAUUGGGAGGGGAAAGCACAGUUGACAGUAUAUACAGAUAUUAGCCGUCAUUUUGCUGAAGUGUUUCCACAUUCAAUCUAGCUCCGAUGUUUUUGUGACGAUUAAGAUGCAUGUUUUGCUUAGAUUUGUUUGCUUGUUCUGUAUGAUGUUUGAAGUCAGAUAUACCUUAUAAUUAACAAAAAGAAUUCCGUUCUUUCUGUGAAAGUUAAACAUCUUGUGUGGAAGAAUCACACUUCAUUCUCUCUGACCCUAGGAUACGUGGUAUAUGUUUGUAUGCACUUAACUGCUGCGGAAAAUGAUCCAGUGUAUAUGCUGAUCAUCACAUUCUCUCGUCUUCUGACGCCUUCUUGUUUUAUUUCUUAUGAAGUCUACUUAAUUGUCUGACCAACAGAAAUACCUUAAGUGUAUGCUGUUUAAUGAACAAAUUCCAUUGUAAGAAAAAAAAAUAGACCUAAUAAAGCUAACAAAGUGUG